AGUUGUCGGAAUUACUGGGUCUGAUUUCCAAAGCAACAUAAACGUUCGUCACGCGAUCGCGAUUACGCCGUGUUUUUAUUUUUGUCACAUGACGUACGGCCAUAUGAAAGUGCAGAUGUGCGCGGGGAUCGUUGAGCGAUGAGAGGUGGUGGUGGUGUUAUUUAAACCUCUGAUUUCAUAAACAUGGGGUCUGGGUCAUCUCAAGUCAUUGAUGGCGAUCCGUCUGGCUCCAGUGAAGUCAAAUACGCCGUCCAACGGACCUGGGACCAGCUUGACCAGUCAGCCAGCCAGAGGUUGAAGGGAGACAAGAGACAGGUCAGCCAGAGGUCGGGGUGGAAGAGCAUCCCUGUCUUUGUGUCGUCACGGUUUAAAGAUUUCCAUGCGGAGAGAGAAGUCCUUAUGAAACAGGUUUUCCCAGAUCUGCGUGCUUGGUGCGAGUCCAGGAGGCUGCACCUGGUGGAGUGUGACCUUCGUUGGGGCGUCCCAAAGGACACUGAUUUGGGGGAAACGCUGUGUCUCUGUCUUCAGGAGAUUGAUCGACAUUGCCAUGACAACAUCAUGCCGUUCUUUCUCAAUCUUACAAGCGAGCGCUGCGGAUGGAUCCCUUCCUUUGAUGAUGUUCCUGACACCAUGGUACAGGAGUAUCGCUCCGCACACGGCCUCUCAGCAACCGAGAUAGAGAUACUACACAGAGCUUACCGCACCGACAACCCCAACUCCAUGUUCAUGAUACGCAAGUCAGGGUUCUUAGAAUCCCUUCCGAGGGAAUUCCGAGACGACUUCAUCGAUCCGAACCCCAUCGCUGUACACAAGCUCACGGCACUCCAGAAAAUGAUGAAAGCACGACUGGGGAAUCGUGUACACUGGUAUGACUGCGAAUACGACGGCGUAGAUGAUCGCGGCAAGAUUCAACUCAAGGGGCUCGGCAAAACCUUCUGUAAACCGAUUUUUGAGUUUUUCAAGAAGCGUAUUGAUGACCAGUACCCCCAACAAGACACAGAGUUGGAUCCCUACCAGCUCGCUAGAGAAGCCCAUGAGUCUUUCAUGAAGAACCGUGGUGCCCUGGUGCUGGGACGAAACAGUGCCCUGGAGAAGGUUCAAGACUACGUCACGGAGGUGGGCGUGGACUACCCCUUGGUCAUCCUAGGCGGACCAGGCUCCGGCAAGUCGGCCAUCAUGGCACGCGUGGCCGACAUCGCCUCUAGGUUGGCGGCACUUAAGAAGAUUCCUGGCGGUGGUGAGCAUGGAUGGCAUGUCUUCUUCCACUUUGUCGGUGCUGUUCCGGGAUCAACAGACUUGGAGAAAUGCUUGAAACGACUACUAAUGGAAAUUGGUGCCAUUGAUGAGUCCACCAUUCCAAAGAAGGUAGAAGCAACUUGCCAAGCCACAUACAGCGCCCUUGCCAACCCCAACACAAGACCACUCAUUGUUGUCAUCGAUGCACUCAACCAGUUCGAUGAUGAUACCUCCGCCAACAUCCUGAGCUGGUUGCCCCGUAAGCUAGCCCCGCAGGUACGGGUCAUCCUGUCCAUGAUUGAAGACACGCCACCACACAGAGUGUUGAGGGACCAGGGGCACCGGCCCAAGCAGUACCUGCUCACUCCGCUGGACAUUGAGGCCCGAAAGAGCAUAGUCAGUGACAUUCUAGGAAGGUACAGUAAACGACUGGACGAGGAGCAGAUGGGUAGUCUGAUUGCCAAGGAGUCUUCCCAGAAUCCCCUCUGGCUCUCCAUCGCCUGCGAGGAGCUGCGUAUCUUUGGUCUCUUCAACAAGAUCAACGACAAGAUCAACAGCUUGUCAGAUGGCCUCCUGGAGCUGCUGGAGCAGGUCUUUGAUCGGUUUGAGGAAGAGAACGGAGGCAACCUCCUAGUGGCCACCCUUUGCCUCCUAGAGACCUCCUCCAUGGGGCUCCUGGAGACAGAACUCCUCCAGAUCCUGGGAGAUGAGGAUGACCUCAUGCCUUCAGAGAAAGACAGUGAAGGAGAGAAAGAUGGCGGUUCCAGAGAGAAGAAGGCCAAAGAGAUUGGCCCCCUCCCAGCAGACAAGUGGGCGUCAGUCUACCGUGCCCUCAAGCCUUUCCUCAGACCAUUUGGUGACAGCAGAGAGGGGCGGCUAGAUUUCUACCAUCGAGCCCUCAGCAAGGCUGUCAGAAGAAAAUACUUUCCUUCGAGCGAGGAAGCCAGCAGCUCAUCGCCGCAGCUGUGGUGGCACAGGAAGUUAGCAGACUUCUUCUUUGAGUCAGACAACGUGGAGAGAAAAGUAGAGGAGCUGCCAUUCCAUCUGAUUAAGAUAAAGGACACCAGACGGCUCCGAGAGUUCCUUUGCAACUGGGAAGCUUUUGAUUUUCUCUACGAAGAAAGCUUCAGCAAGAAACUCAUGAAAUACUGGCAUGAGGGUUUUGGGGAAGACUGGCAGAGGCUGAUGUUGCAUGGUUAUGAAGAAGCCCUGCGCAAUCUUCAGAAUGAUCCGACCAUCAGCAGGGAUGUGUUGUCAAGGAGACACGAGGAGAUCACUCGAUUAAUGGUCCAUGCUGGGGCACAUCAAGACUCCUUCAAAUUCCUAAAUACUUGCAUCGCCAUGGAGACAGAGCUGGGUUCACGACCAGAACGGAUGGUAGAGCUCUAUGAUCUAGCAGCAGAUAUCUAUGAUGAUAAAUUGAAGUUGUACCAGUGGAUAGAGAGAUGGCAGAUCAUUGAGCUGCGUCACUUGAUCGACUAUGCCAAGAAAUCAAUCGCCAUCCGCGAGACAAUGCCAGGAAACCUCAAUAAAUUCAAGCUGGGCAGGACUCUCACCCAGCUAGCCUUCAACCUGGAGGCGUGGAUGGAAACGGGGGCAGACAACAAUCUCUCAGGAGAGGAGGCACUGGAGGAAGGGACGAUUCACAUUGAGCGUGCCAUCCAAAUCUUCAAAGAUCUGGGCAACGAUGGAUACUUAGCAGAUGCCACCAUGACCAAAGGAAUCCUUCUGCCAAGGGGAAGUGAGAAACAGUUGGAAGUGUGUAGGGAAGCCUUAGACAUGUGCCUUCAGAUAUACGGCGAGAACAGCGUGCUCAGCUCUCGUAUGUUCCUCAACAUCGGCAUCUUCUACGAGGACAACAGACAAUACCGGACGGCGUGCGAAUGGUUCAUACGCUGGCACAAAUGCACCGAGGAGGUGUUCGGCUACCACCAUCCCAAGACAGAACGGGCCAGGAAGACGCUGGAGCGGCCGCGGUACUUGCGCAUCAGACAGCAAAUUGAGGAAGAGCAACGGCAAGCCCAAGCCGAAAACCAGGACAAUGAAGUGGAGGAUGUGAUGAACAGAAUGGAAAAUGCCGAGCUAACUUGAUCCGGUUUAGAUCUGGACUCCAUCAGUUGGACCGUGACUCAUCACCCAGCUUGACCCCUGUUGAUUUUGGCUGAUUUCUCCAGUACACGUUGCACGGGACUUUGCAAGUUCAAAAGCUAAUUGAUUUUCAUCAAAUCUACAUUGACCCAGUUUGAAUUGGACCAAUCCAGUUCAAAACUUGAUUCAUGGAGUUUCAGCUGACUCGACCCAGUUUUAUCCAGAUUUCUCCAGACUUCACCUUGAUAAAAAAAAUGCUCCAGUAUGAAGUUGAGUGACUCCUUCAGCUUGGCUGAUCCUCUUGUAAGUGUAUUUAGUUUGAGCUGGGUGGAUCUGCUUUGAACUUGACUGAUUAGGUUUGAACCGGAAUGUUCCUGUUUAAACAGUGCCGGAGGAAGCACUGUAUUAUUUUUACAAGUCAUUCUUGUGCAAACCAACAGGUUUUGAUUAUGAUGUGGUUUUCACUGAGCUUGCCAGACUUAAGCAUUUGUAAAUGGGUUUCCAUAAGGUCGGGGCACAAUUUGUGACGGUGUCCAUUGUUACAUGGGUUCCGUAAAAGUAAACAGCUAUUUCCCUGCAUGUAGAUU